UAGCUGGAACUGAAUGUUGUCAACCAAAAUCAACAGAACGAAAUGAACGAACAAAAACAUUCGCAAAAUUAAAUCUUUCUCAAAAGCUUUGUUCGAAAAAUAAGUGAAUUUAUCAUUGUAGCUUAUUAUAAAUGGUGUUGAUUUGUUGCUAAAAGACCGGAUACUCAAAAUGGAAAUUUGUCGCCUGUGUUUGCAGUGGGAAAUGGGAACAUUGAUUCCUAUAUUUUCACAAACUAAUGACGUUGAUAUUGCAACUACAAUCACCUCAUGCUGUUCUAUAGAACUAUCAGAAAACGAUGGACUUCCGAACAAAAUAUGUGAAUCCUGCAUUCAGGACGUUCAAACCGUGAGGGCAUUCAUCGAAAAGGUUCGAAACUCGGACGCGAAACUGCGAAGCGAUAAGAUCCUAAAGGAUGAUAAACUAUCGUUUGAGAUGAUCGUUAUCAAACCGGAAUUAGAUGAUGCCCACCAGCGUACCAUCAGCGACGACAAUGAAUUCGAUCAGAAUUCAUUUGAACCGAAGGAUGAGACUGAUUCUGAUGAUGAUAAGUUAAGUAUUAUAAAGGCAAGGGUCAAACUAGCGCAGAAUACUGAAGUUAGUAGCAGUACAGGAACCAAAAGAACUAGGAAGAAAGUCAAAAAAGAUGAUAUAGAUACUACUAGUAAGAAAAAAAUCAUAAAGAAACGGAAAGUUAAAAUAGAAAGUGGCGAUGAGUCUGAAGUAGCAGACAGUAACGAUAAUUUAGACGAACUAGAGAUUGAAAUGUUUGAUAUAAUUGUUUUGCCCGAAGCAAACUUUGUGUGCUGUUGUUGUCGUCAAAAUUUUAACUCGUCGGAAGAUCUGGAAACGCACGUUGAAGUGCACAAAAAGUUUCUAGUCAAAAGAACUGAUACGAUACAUUGUGAAAUUUGCAAACGUAGAUUCAUCAAGCACAAAGCUUUGGACAAUCAUAGGAAGAUUUGGAAGCAUGUGACCAAGCUAUUCGAAUGUCGUAAGUGCAAGUCUCGUUUUAUUAGUGCUGUUAGCAGGCGAAAACAUGCCUAUAAGCAUCCUAAAACCAUCGAAGAUAAGAUGAAGCAAGAAUACGGGGAAAUAGUUUGCUGUGUUCAGCGUUGCUCAAAGUCGUUUCCAUCUGAAGACCUGCUGAUAAAGCACAGUCUUGAGACUCAUAAGCUAGAUCAGCAGCAGUACAAGCCGGAGGACGAUGACCAGAAGCAGGCCGAAUGUCCGGUGUGUUUCAAAAGGUUCGCCUCGGAACGGUUGCUUCGAAUACACCGGAAACGUAACUCGAAGCCCUUGAGUCACCAGUGUGCGACCUGUGGUCUCAAAUUCCGGUCCAAGGACGUCCUGCAAUUCCACGAGACGAAUCACGCCGAUCAGAAGCCGUUCCAGUGCGACGUGUGCAAUAAGUAUUUCUCCAGUCGAAGCGCCUUGAAAGUGCACCAGCGACAUCACUCUAAUGAAAAACCCUUCGUUUGUGGAACUUGUGGGGUCGGAUUCUACCAAAAGGUACAGCUCACAUCACACGAGUACGAUCAUGGAGUGGUACCACUGCCGUUCAAAUGCGAAGUCUGCAGCAAAUCGUUCAAGUUCAAGAAGGGCCUGGUGACUCAUAUGCGGUCGCACACCGGCGAGAGGCCUUAUCCAUGUCGGCACUGUUCGAUGUCGUUCGCCAGUGUUCCCAUCAGGAGGAUGCACGAAAUGACCCAUAGUGAAAUUAAGCCUUUCAAAUGCACUUACUGUGAUAGAACGUUUACUCUCAAACGAUUACAACUGGAACACGAAUGCAAGCAUACAGGUAUAAAACCCUUCAAUUGCAACUUUUGCGACAAGUCCUUCAUCCGAAAACAGUUCCAGGUCGAUCAUGAGAGCACUCAUACCGGCGUCAAACCGUACCGCUGUGACAAGUGCAAUUGCAGUUAUAGUCACAAGAGCAAUCUGAAUCGUCACAUGGAAACUCACCAGCAAGCUCUGGAGCAAGCGGAUAUGCCUCCGGCUGUGCCGCCAAUGGUUACGUCCGGUCACGUGGUGGAUGCAAAUUCGGCGCACAUUCCUCCAAUGGGUUCGAAUAGCACCGGAGCAGACUAUGGACCGUAAUGAAUCGGAUAUAUUGUGGGUAAGUAUAACAAAAGUAUGUGGGUUUGCCAUGCCAUGCAUGAAGUAACGCUUCUUCUUGUCCCAACUGGAACAGAGUCUGCCUCUCAGCGUAGUGUUCUUAUGAGUA